ACAACUGCUAUUUCUAAAAAGAAAAUAGCUUGGGGCACCAUUAUUCGGGUACUACAACAACCAAUGUUCCUUCUAAUGAAACCGAGGCAGUGUAAACACAACUCCAGGAACAUGAAAAGAUCGGCUGACAGUGAGGGGGAGAAGAGAAGAAAGAGGCGGAAGCUACUCCAGGAGUUGGGAGACCAGAGGAUCCCCUUUCUGGGACCUUCAGAUCGGGGCUUCCAGCAGCUGUGGGACUCUAGUUACUCUGGCCUGGUUCUGAGGAGAUCUUGCUCACUGCCUGCUGAGCUCCAUGGACGGGUGCAGGCAGCUUUUCUCACCCUGAGAAGCAAGGGCUGCCUCCUGAAGGAUCUAGUUCGUGUCCGUGACCGAGAUGUAUUCACCGCAGUGUCACGGGCCCUGCUGGGUGAGCCCGGCCACACCUAUCGCUAUCUGGAAACACGGCUCUUUGCCAUCCCUUGGCACAGUGAGGACACUGAGGCCAAAGGGCAAAAUUGUUGUGACCCAGACUUGAGAGCUGCCUGCAAGGCAUUGUGGGAGCUUAACACCUUCUUCUGCUCCGAUGUGUCUCAGCUGAAGGAAGGAGACAGGUUAACACAAUGCGCGAAGGGGGAGGUAGAAGUCAAACAGGGUGAAGAGGGGGACACCGAGUCUAAACACAGUGAAGACUCCAAGAAUAGUGAAGGAGGGGACUCAGAGUCCAGACAAAGUGAGGAGGGGGACACAGAGUCCAAGCACAGUGAGGAGUGGGACAUUGAAUCAAAACACAGUGAGGAAGGCUGCUCGGGGUCAAAACAAGAAGGAGAGUGGGAAACCGAGUCCAAACACAGCUGUGAGGAGGGCGAGUCCUCCCAGUUGAAACCAAGUGAAACCAGUGUUGCAACAGGGUCCGAACACAGUGAAGGAAAAUGCCCCAGCUGGGCAUCUAAGGCUACCAGUAUCACAGAAACUGAACCUGUGGGACUAGAGGCACAGGAGAAACCUGUGGUCCAACUAAAGCACAGCUUGUCAGAUUACCACAUUGAGGACAAGGAGAAACAGGAAAGUGGACAGGGCUGUUCCAAGCCCAGUCCUCCACAGGUAUGCACUGGUCCAGUCAAGUUCAAUGUCACCUUACUCAACUACAUGGAUCCAGCAGCUAUGAGCCAACUCAAAGAGGAGCCUUACUACGGCAUGGGGAAAAUGGCGGUAGGGUGGCACCAUGAUGAGAACCUGAUCACUCAUUCGCCAGUGGCUGUUUACAGCUAUAGCUGUCACGAUGACAAAGGUGAGAGCAGUGAGGGAGGCAGCGGUGAGAAGUCAUGUUGGAGGAUUGGACUCAAAGUAGCCUGGGACAUCCACACACCUGGCCUAAUGCUGCCGCUGGAGUCCGGGGACUGCUAUUACAUGAGAGAUGACCUGAACAGUACCCACCAGCACUGUGUCCUAGCUGGAGACACUGCACGCUUCAGCUCCACACACAGAGUGGCUGAGUGUUCCAGUGGGACCUUGACCUACAUCCAGUCACGAUGCCGGGAGGCCCUGUCCAACCUGCACACCGACCCAGAGACAGGCUCCCACAGCCUGUUGGCCCUGCUGCCGACAACACUACAGGACUGUGAGGAGAUUCACAAUGAGGUGGAGUUUGAGUGGCUGCGGCAGUACUGGUUUCAGGGCCAACGCUACGCCCGCUUCUGCAGCUGGUGGACCAGACCGAUGGAGCAGCUGGAGAAGGACUGGAAGCUCAUGGAGACCAUGACUAUGCUUUUCCUGGCUACAGUGGAGGAGGAAGGCCAAGCAGGGGAGGGAAGGAGGGAGAUGGCAGAAACCCUGUUGUCUGCCUUGACAGACAGACACCAGCAAAGACAGACAUGGAGAGACAGCGCUGCUGCUCCAAGCCACCUGGAGGCAGGGACAACACUGAAAAGCACUGCUCAGGACAGCUCAAGUCCUGUUCAACACAGAGGUGUGCGGUAUAAUCCCUGGAGGCACCUGGGACAGAACAGGGCCCAGCAAGUCAGGCUGGGUGCCACUCGACUCUGGCCCAGUCAUUACCCCCUGAGCAGGCUCCAGUGGACCGACCCUUCUGGGGUGUGGAUGAUCCCAACAUGCCGCUGCCCUUUGACCUGGCUGACAUCAUCAACCGAGUGGAAUCGCUGCUCUGGAGGAUGUAGAGUAUGGAUAGAUGAAAUGAGGAAGAAGGUCAAGAAAGAAAGACCCACCAGCUUUUCUGAAUGGUCCCCACAUUGGCUGUGGGGACAAACCACUGAAGACAUCUCUGUUGUAAUUGCACCAAGAUUGAUUUCCUUUUCAGUGGGGCAUCUACACCCCCACCCCUCCCACUCCACCCUCCUCUGCCCCAUCUGACCCCAGCAUCUCAGCCACCUUAGCUCGGAUUUGGCUGGAAGGAAACCAGAUUACACUAGAACCAGAAGAGUACUUUGGUAACAUGCUAACAACACCGGCUUAGCAACAAGCUAGUAGUGUUACAACGGUCUAACAAAACAUAUGUGGAACCUGCAGUUCAGUGUUAGCAUUCAUUGUGUAACUAUUUAUUAUUUCAGUGUACUCUGUUACUUAAUCUCACGUAACCCAGUCAUGCUUUCAUCAAUGGAUUGACACAUUCUCAGUAGUCACCAUACAGUACUUACAUAUAUGCUUUCUAUUUAUCACACAGUGUUAUAAUACAGUAUAGAAUGGUAAAAAAAAAGAAAGAAAAACCCAUACUUUGCUGACAUGGUAUUGCAUUCUUCACUUGUGUAUAGUGUAAUCCCUUUUCUUUUGUUCAGAAGUGGACUAAGCUUGGAGAGACCAAAGAAAGAUUAUGAUAAGAAAGUUAUGAAUGCCACCUAGUAAAGAAUAUGAAGAACGCACUGUUUCGUGUUCAUGGUGUGAUGGUGUGCUCAUGCCAUAUUGAUGUGUGACAGUGUGUAUGUGUAUGUUUGUGUGUGUGCAUUUAGCCAUGUGAAUAUACAUAUUAUCAGUCGUUGGCCUGUGUGUUUGUGCAUGUACACGUUCACUCUCCCACAUGUCUACAUUAAGCUGUGCGUGUAUGAAUGUGAUAGUGUGUGUGAGCCCGUAGGCAGCCUGUCAGUUGUUUGUUCUUGAAGAUGUGCAUAUGGAGAAACAGAGACUAGCAGCAGGGCCCCUCUGUCUCUGCUCUGAUGAAAGGCAGCACUGAUAGAAUGACCUGGAACACAACCGCAGUUUCUCAUAAUUACAGCUGCUCAAUCGCUUUUAAUUACUCUUUAAGUGUGCAGAGCACCACAUUCCCCUGUAAUGCUGCAGGCCAUCUGAGGGAGUGAGAGAAGGAUCCGGCGCGUCUGACAAAAUCCACAAACAACAAAAAAAAAAUCUAAAAAGGGUGGAAAAGGGGGCCGGCGUCAAAGCAGCGUAUCAGCCCUCCCCUUUUGAUUUCUCUCUCUAUCUAGUUCAUGAUGAAAUAGAGAUGCUGUUUACUAUUAAAAAUGCAGAAUGCACUCCUUUUUUUUUUUUUUUUUUACUUCUGAAGUUUUUUCCAAGAUGUUAAUGGUUGCCAAACGCUGUUUUUCUUGCUUCUUCUUUUGCUGCGCCUCUGUUUGUUGUUGUCAGAGAGAUUUGUUUGUAGAUUGGCAGUAGUGUUGACUUGUUUGAAUCACUCUGUGCUCCCUGCGCCACAGCUUGUCUGUCUGAAGCAAUAGGAAUGGCAGU